CCCGACCAUCAAGACCGAGAUCAAGUCGUCGAUACAUUCGAUAUCGUCUUAUCUCGUCGUGCAGCCUUAUCAGCACACAAGUCAGUCGAAGAUGGCAGACCCUUCUUCGUCGCCUCCGAUGAGAGCCAAGCCAGAGCCCACAGACAGUCUGAGUCCAAGUACCAGUGUUGAGUUGCACAGGAGAAGUAAGACCGGAUUCGCAUGGGGCACGCAGGACGUUGCUGACUUGUUCCAGGCAAGACUUGCCGACGUCGAAAAAAGAAAUGCGAUGAGGCAAGACCAGGCUAACUGUGCGAAGAACAACAUCAUUUGUGGCGGAUAUGAGAUGAGGAAACCUUGGAGGAAAGGGGCCCGCAGUAAGAAUUCUGCUUUGGUCAUUCCUGAACUCCCGCAUAUCAUCAGCGCGGUAGACGAUCCUCUGGACUCACAGCUCCUCUCUUACUUCAUCACACACGCUGGUCAAGCCUUAAACAUAUACUCCGAAACACAUAAUCCAUUCGAUGGGUUCGUGGUUGACAUGGCGUUGGCAAACACAGGCCUUAUGCACUCGCUGCUCUGCCUCUCCGCAUCUUGCCUCCUCGUUCACCAGCCGACGUCGGCACAAGAGGUUGUUGUCCGACAUAGCCACCACUUCGACCAGGCUGUCGUCACUCUUAGAAAGGGCGUCGAAGCCUACAGCUCAGACAGUUCGACGCAAAACGCAGACUGCAUCGUGCUGCAAACAAUCAUACUCGCGCAUGAAGCGAUUGUCACAGGAGAAGCAAAUGGCAGCUAUCGAUGCCAUCUGGCUGCAGCUUCGAGACUUGUCGACAGUUGUGGAAACUUGAGUGCAGAUGUGCAAAGUUUUGCCCGUCAGUUCCUCUUGUACCACAACCUCGCCAACACAAUCUCAUGUCUUGACCCAGUCAAUCAAGUCAUGAGGUCACACGUGCAAGCGGACGAAAGUGGAACAGUGGAGCAAAGCACAAUUUCGGAGGGCUGCGUCAACGGAAUCUUGCAUGGUCUUCUAGAACCCAUGACACGCACGCGGCAGGUCCGAGAUGGCAUACGCUUCCAUCGCAACACCAACAACUCGAGAUGGUUCAAGGAUGAACAACUGCUCAGCUUAGCGCUUGGAGUGGAAACACAGCUACGGACAUGGCAGUCGCGGUUCGCGCCGAAAACACCACAAUACUGGUCAUCACUGGUGUAUCGUCAGAGCGCCUAUGUAUACCUCUACCGGACCAUCAAGCCAUCGAUUGCGAGUCCAGUAUUGGCACAGUCUCUGUCUGAUGGAUUGUCGUAUGCAUCGCUUGCGCUGCGAGACAUUAUGAGGAACAAUAACAACAUGCACAGCUGGGUCUGUGGCGUGCUGCUGCCACCGCUAUUCUUACUCGGAUGUGCGGCCUUCGAUCCGAUACACAGACACGCGGUGCUUGAGCUUCUAGAAGAUUUGCACGCCUGUAAUCAAAGGACCAGUAUCCUGCAUGCAAGAGCAAUCUUGGAGGAGGUCUGGUCAAGGAUGGAUGCAGCUGCACAUGGCACUACUGAUGAUGACGCCUGGAAUUGGGAGAUUGUUAUGAAGGACUUGAACGUAGAUGUCAUGCUGUCA